CUUUAUAUACGGAGGUUGAGACAUUCAUAUUUUGUAGUAAAAGAAAAGAAAUGCUCAGCGCGCCAGUUCUUACUACAAACACACACAGAACCGCAGAGAUGGCACCCACGGCCACGGCGAACUUCGACAGAAUUAAGGAGCUUAAGCAAUUCGAUGACUCGAAGACCGGCGUCAAGGGCCUCCUCGAAUCCGGCGUCACCACCCUCCCCCGGAUUUUCGUCCACCCUCCGGAAAUCCUAUCCGAUCUCAAGCCCGGCAAGCGCCACGUGACGAUUCCCGUCGUCGACCUCUCCGGCUCGUAUUCCGACGAUCAGCACGCCGCCGUCGUCGAGGACGUGAGGCGCGCCGCCAGCGAGUUCGGCUUCUUCCAAGUCGUCAACCACGGGAUUCCGGACGAAACCGUCGACGGCAUCAUCGGGGCCAUCAAGUCCUUCAACGAGCAGCCGCCGGAGUACCGGUCGCAGUACUACCGGAGGGCGGUCGGGUCCGGAGUUUCGUACCUCUCGAACGUCGAUCUUUACAGGUCCAAGGCCGCCAGCUGGCGCGACACGCUGCUGGCGGCGCUGAGUCCCAACCCGCCGAAGCGGGAGGAGUGGCCGGAGGUGUGCGCCGACGCGGUGCCAGCGUGGGACCGGGAGGUUGAGAGGCUGGGAGGUUUGUUGCUGGAUUUGCUUGGGGAAGGGCUGGGAUUGCCUGCGGGGAGGCUUAGCGAGACGUGUUUAGACGGGAGGACAUUGGUGGGCCAUUACUAUCCUUAUUGUCCUGAACCUGAUCAGACGCUUGGGAUUUCAGCUCAUCCCGACCCGGGGGCUUUAACGGUGCUGGUUCAGGACCAAGUGGGCGGUUUGCAGGUUAAGCACAAUGGGGAAUGGAUUGAUAUUGAGCCUGUCCCUGGGGCUCUUGUUAUCAACAUUGGAGAUUUACUUCAGAUUAUGUCAAAUGAUGCGUACAAAAGCGCGGAGCACAGAGUGUUUGCUAAUUCAACCAAAGAACCGCGAAUUUCUAUUGCGAUUUUCAUCAACCCGAGCGAUCAUGAAAGUAUGUUUGGUCCGCAGCCGGAGCUGAUAUCGCCAGAGAAACCGGCACAAUACCGGGAGUUCAAGUAUCCGGAGUUCAUGGACAAGUUCUUC